AUGGGAGUAGAGGUCAAGCUCGUGGAACUUGCAGAGCUCGAGUCUACCUCUUUAGUAGAUGUCGUCGUAGUGCUGAUUGUUGUUGGUGAUUCAAAUAUACUAAAGGAUGUUGACGAAACCGAAGACACAGAAAGACUCGGAGUGUCAUCAUCUGGACAAAUGCCUGAUAUACAAGGGUUGCUAGAGCAGCAUCCUCGAAAUUUUCCUACAGUACAGACAUACCAGAGCUUAUUGCCAGUGCAGGUUUCGUCCGCCAUCUCGCAGAUUAUCUACCGGGAAGAAUAG